AUAAGGAAACAAACUGAGCAGAAGUAGUUUGAAUCAGGGGAGGGACUUAACUUCUCUCUCCUAGUUUCUUUUACUGAUUACUACGAUGGCUGCUGAACGAAGAGCUGAAAGAGAGGAAUUUGAGGAGAGUGACAAUGUUUUCAGAACGAAUUCCCUCAUAAUAAUUGAAGAAAUGCUGAAACUGAGUAACCACACUCCAGAAGAUUCUACGAUGUUAGUGGAUGAGAUUCUUCACAGCAUCUUCUUUUUGGGGGGGAUCAACAAGCCAUCGUAUUCCCCAGAGGAUAUUAUGAGUGAUAGGGAGAUGUUGAAUGGGUUGAGGGAACUCUACCCAAACCCUUUUCUCCACUAUUCCUCUCAACUACCAGAGCGGAGUCCAUUUUCAUGUGUGUUAGACAUGAUUGUCCGCCUGAUUGGACAAGAGAAUGAAAACCAAAUAAUAGAAAGGCUCCAAGACAUCAUCAGGCGAAUGUCCAGGGGUCGUGGACAAAAUCUCAUCUCGUUCACCAUCUGUGUCUCUCAGAAGACCGAGGGCCCAGCUUCAGAACGAUACUAUGGAGUCUCCAUGUCCACUUCUGGCCGUCUUCUCGGGAAGAUCAUGGUGGCUGCCUCCUGUUUAAGCGCCUGGGACCGUCAUGUAGCUGAUGCAGUCAUGACCUACUAUCCAGGCAAGAAGACCAAGAAAUCAUACUUUGAUGGAACAAUCCAACUUCCAGAGAGUGUCAGGUGCCAGGCGUUUAGCCUCAGCACAGGAGAUGAAAUGCCUCCAUGCAGAUCAUGUGGGAAUUUAUUUGGUUUGGGCACAGAUGAAGAAGAAAAGUGGCCCUGUGGCAACUGUGCUGAAGUUGAGAGCCUGAGUAACUUGCUCAAAAAAGAGAAUGAAGUAAAAAGGCAAGUACAACCAACAUCUCAGACGUGGACAGAUGAGAACAGACAGACGGCUAUAGAUAAUGUUCGGAAACAUCUUAAAUGUUACCUGCGCACAGAGGGAUUUGAUUGGGAUCAGAAUUUCUACACCCCACAAAGAAUUCAGAUUUUAUAUUAUUUCUAAUUGAUAUAAUGGGGGGAGCUUGGAAUCAGUUACUGUGAUGUAAACUCAGGUUCAUUAUUUGUUUUGAUUUUAUCUCCUGUAACCUCAUCUAGAUAAGAUAAGAAUUUUUUUUAUUUGUUUAUUCAUUUGUGUGUUUCGAUCCUCAUUCUCAGGGACCCUAGGGAAAAAUGGUUACAACAAAUACAUGAAAGCAUAUAAAUGACAUAAAUUAAAAGCAAAUGUAAAUCCGAUUACAUACAUAUGCAUAUAUGUGUACGUGAACAUACAUGUAAUUGAAUUAAACAAGGUAACUUGCAAGUUG